AGUGCAACCUUUAAACUAUUGUCUAGCUAGCUGUAAACUUUCUUAAUAAUUCACACUUUUCCCCAUCAGAUUGUUGGUGCAAGACACAUGAGUAGUAAGAAACCAAAAAAAAAAAAAAAAGGAAAUAGUGUUACGGUCUCUGCUGCUUUUGUUUGCUGCAGAACUUGAAUUUGCAUCGAUCACUACCUUAUUCUCUUGAUGCUAGCUACUGCAGAUUGAAGAAAGGAGAAGAUUGUUCAUAAAACUUGCGCUACGAUGCACUGAAAGUACUCAAAAUCAGAUUGGAGAAAAGGAGAAGAUUAUUCACAAGACUUGAGCAUUUGCUGAAAGCGGUUAUUUGUAACUCUGUUGGAAAACAAGAUGGUGAGUUGCUUGGCUGAAUUGGGGAAGACAUAUGUGGAAAAAUUGAUAAAUAGGGUAACAGCAGAAUUACGUUUUGUAUUUUGCUUCACAUGCAUUGCUAAGGAAUUCGAAGAAAAAAAACCUGAGUUGGAAGCUGAAAGAAAAACUAUGGAGCAACGUGUUCAAGUAGCAGUAAGUGAAGGUAAAGUCAUUCGGGCUAAUGUUCUUCAUUGGAUAAAGAAAGUUGAUAAGCUGAUUCAAGAGAACACCAAAACAAAACAAACAUGUUUUUUUGGAUUUUGUCCUGAUUGCAUAGGGCGAUAUAAAAGGGGAAAGGAGUUGGUAAAUAUGACAGAGGAGAUUAAAUCGUCAAUAGAAAAGGGAGAAAUAUUUGAAAUUAUUGAUCUUCCUCAAUCUCUUCCAGGUUGUGGUUAUUAUUCAUUGGACUAUUACAUUCAAUUUAAAGGCAGAGAGUCAAAAUACAAAGAACUAUUGGAUGCACUAAAAGAUGACAACAACUAUAUGACCGGAUUGCAAGGGAUGGGGGGCACCGGAAAAACUACAUUGGCCAUAAAAGUGGGUAAAGAACUAGAGGAAUCUAAAAAACUCGAUCAUGUCAUUGAUACAACAGUGUCAUUUACUCCUGAUAUAAAAAAGAUUCAAGAUGAUAUUGCUGGACCUCUAGGAUUGAAACUCAAAGACUGUAAUAACUCAGACCGACCCAAAAUACUAAGGAGCAGAUUAACAAAUGGUGAGAAAAUUCUUCUUAUUCUGGAUGAUGUGUGGGAUCAAGACACCUCUCUUGAUUUUGAUAGAAUAGGAAUUCCAAAACGAGACAAUCACAAUGGUUGCAGAGUUCUUAUAACCACACGUAGUAAACGAAUACUCGAUACAAUGAAUUGUGAUAAGAAAAUUGAAUUGGAGAUCUUAUCUGAUGAAGAUGCAUGGAUCAUGUUCAAAAAUUAUGCCGGUAUAAAUGAUAGUUUUUCAAAUAGUUUGACCAGUAAGGGACAAAAAAUUGCUCGCGAAUGCAAAGGAUUACCGGUUGCAAUUGCAGUAAUUGCCAGAAGUUUAAAGGGCCAACAACAUCGCAAGCAUGAGUGGGAUGCGACCUUGAAAUCCUUGAAGAAGCAUGUGUCCAUGCCUAAUGUUGAUGACGAUGUGGUUGGAAUUUAUAAAUGUUUGAAGUUUAGCUAUGAUUAUAUGAAGAAUAAAAAAGCCAAGGAAUUGCUCCUCUUAUCUUCUGUAUUCCCAGAAGAUGAAAUAAUUUCUGUUGAAAUUCUAACUAGACUUGGCAUUGGAAUGGGCCUUUUUGGGGAGGAUUAUCGCAGCUACAAUGAUACCCGAAUCGAAGUAGUUGUUGCCAAAAAUAAACUCAUAGAUUCUUGUUUGUUGUUGGAUGUCGUUGAUACCGAAAACAAAGAAAAUGUCAAAAUGCAUGAUUUAGUUCGUGAUGCGGCUCAAUGGAUAGCGAACAAAGAGAUUUGGGAUGUAAAUUUAUCUAUAAAAGAUCAAAAGUUAUUGGUUCAAAAAGAAAUAAAUAUUAAAUAUUUAUUUUGUAAAGGGAAGGACAUGGAUUUGUUUUCUUGUAAAUUUGAGUGCUCCAAACUUGAGACUCUAAUUGUUGACAUAGAUAGUGAAGGCCAGGAAUGUAUCGAAGUCCCAAAUUCUUUCUUUGAAAAUAUUUUCAAGCUUCGAGUUUUAUACUUUAAAAGUACUGACAAAGUGAACUUUCUAUCAUUACCACAAUCAAUUCAGUCAUUGACGAAUAUUCGAUCUUUGUUGGUUGAAGGAGUGGAUUUAGGUGACAUCUCUAUUUUGGGAAAGCUACCAAGUCUUGAGACUCUUGAUUUGAAUUUAUGCACAAUCAAUGAAUUGCCAUUUGAAAUUACAAAAUUGGGGAAAUUUAAAUUGUUGAACUUGGAUACUUGUGUUAUUCGAAGGAAUAAUCUGUUUGAAGUCAUUGAAAAAUGCUCAUCACUGGAAGAGUUGUAUUUCAAAUAUAGUUUUAACAAUUUUUGUCGAGAAAUAACCAUACCCGAGUUGCAAAAGUUUCAUAUUUAUAACGACUGGGGUAGAAUGAAAUAUUCACAAUCAAAAUAUGUAAAUUUUUGUGCUAGUGAUGCAUGUUAUUUUUCAGAAACAACACUCAAUUAUUUCAUGCGAACCACAGAGUUUCUUCGACUAAAAGGAAUUAAGAGGGGAUGGAGAAAUCUCAUGCCUGAGAUUGUUCCUAUAGAUCUAGGUAUGAAUGAUCUUGUUGAGCUUCAUUUGAGUUCUAUUUCACAGUUACAGUGUCUCAUUAAAACUAUUGGUUCUCAAGUACCAAAUGUAUUGUCCAAAUUGGUUGUACUAAGCUUGGAUAUGAUGGAAAAUUUGGAAGAACUAUUCAAUGGUUCCUUAUCCUUUGACUCUUUGAAGAAUUUAGAGAGGCUAUCAGUGAUGGAGUGUAAAAAAUUUCAAAGAUUUUUUAAUUGCAAGCUAAAUCUAUGCAAUUUGAAGACCUUGAUACUAAAGCAAUGUCCAAUGUUGGUUUCCCUAUUUCCAUUGAUGUCUCAGAAUCUGGUGCAACUAGAGAAAUUGGAAAUAACUGAUUGUGAGGAACUGAAAAACAUAAUAGAUGUUAAAAGAGAGGAGGAAUCAAGAGAAGAAAUAGACGAUGGUGAUAAUGAUAACAAGAGGCACGGCUCGAUUUUUCCAAAACUAAAAGUUCUUGAUAUUGAGGGAUGUCACCGAUUAGAAUCGAUAAUUCCCUUCCUCUCUUCUCAAGAUUUUCCAGUACUAGAAGCUAUCUCAAUAAAAAGAUGUGAUGGGCUAAAAUACAUAUUUAGCCAAUACCAACAUGUUGAACUUAAGUCACUAAAACAAAUGGAGCUCUUUCUAUUACCAAGUUUCAUAGACAUUUUUCCGAAAUGCUAUGAUUCCAUGUCUUUGCUUGUGAAUGAGUCAUGUUCCACUUCCAGAGAUGGUUUCAAGGCACAAAUACAAUUGGACCCUAUCAAAUGCAAUAUCUUCUCUUGGCCUUAUUUAUGUUGUCGUGGUGAUAAAUUUGGGAGUUCGUCAACAACUAGAAUUCCAUUGGUUUCUGAGGAUCAACCACAGGAGUACUCAAUCACAUCGGUAUCAAAUUCACACAAUCUUCAUAUAUGGGAACGUGCUCAAUGUCUUUCGGUACACCCACAUUUCAUGUGCAAUAUUAAAAACAUUGUGCUGUUUCAAAUUUUGAAGAUAAAAUCGGUGUUUAUCCUGUCUGUUGCUCCAAGAAUGUUGGAAACUUUGACAAUUACAAAUUGUGAUGAAUUGAAGCACAUAGUGAUAGACACCGAAGAUCACGACAGUAGUGGCAAUAAUUGGGGCAAUGUCUUCCCUACAUUGAAAAGGCUCCACGUUCAAAAGUGCAUGCAAUUGGAAUACAUAUUUGGACACUACACUAAUGACCAUCAAAAUCACACUGAGAUUCACCUUCAUCUUCCAGCAUUGCAAUAUCUCAAUAUUUGCAAUCUGUCAAGUUUAGUCGCUAUGUGUCCCAAACAAUAUCGCCCAACAUUUCCAUCUUUAAAAGAACUUGAACUAAAAAAUUGCUCCCAAGUUGAUAUUAAAUCUAUCGGUGAUUUCAUUAUUCAUUCGGUUUCAAAAUCUCAAGACAGUACAAUUAUGAAGGAAUUGAGCGUGAAACAUUUUAUUCCUUUGGAAAGUCUGAGGGUAGAUAACUUCAAAGCAGAAAAUUUAUUUUGUCUCAAUGAAAUGGAUGGGCAACCAAUGAACUUAAGGUUGCAAAAGAUUCAGUUAUCUGAUAUGCAUAAUAUGAAGUACCUUUUUGGGGGACCCAAAAAUUCUUUUGUCCUAAAAAACCUUACAAAGAUAAUAAUCAUACGAUGUGAAAUAUUGGAAGUACUUUUCUCCACUUCUAUUAUAAGAUGCCUAUCAAAAUUAGUUUUUCUAAGAAUAGAAGAAUGCAAGGAGUUGAAACAUAUCAUUGAAGAUGACUUGCAGAAUCAAAACAUGUUGAAUUCCUUCCCAAAGCUAAAAGUACUUGUUGUAGUAAAGUGCUGCAAGUUGAAAUAUGUCUUUCCGGUCUCCAUAUGUAAAGAGUUUCUUGAGCUAGAGGCACUAGUAAUAACAAAAGCACUUGAAUUGGAGGAAAUAUUCAAAAGUGAAGGUGAUCAAAAAGUCAAGAUUCCAAAACUAAAUUUUAUAGUAUUUGACAAACUACCAAGCCUCUUCUUCACCCAAGGAAUUCAAUUUCAGACAACAAAAAAUCGUUUUGUACGAAAUUGUCGAAAACUCUCUUCGUGUUUAGAAUCUACUCCCUACAAGAUCGUUGAAAUUUAUAAAUUUUUCGUACGAAACACAGAUCGUGAAACAUAUAAAAACGUAUUUCAACAAUUACAAGAAGAGUCCGAUGGUAGCGAUAGUGGUAAUGAAAGUCCAAGUGCAGAAACCACUGAAGAUUUUGAUGGUGGGAUUGAAGUUGAAGCGGCAUCACAGAUACAAAUGAAACUCACACCAGAAGCAGAGCAUGAAUUUGUUGAAAAUGUUCCGGAUUUAGAGAUACCAUCAAUAGCAAUAUUACCAACAAAUUCAAAAGAGUUGGUGAAUGAACAAUCAACGAAUCAACAGUGCUUGAUGAACCAGCAACAUCCACUUGGAGAAAUUGAUACUACCGCCAAACCUUCUCAAGGAAAUAAUUGUUUGAAAGAAAUAGAGGACCAAAAUAUUCAAGAGGGUUAUACACCAGAAAAAACUGUUGCUGCAACUAUGUCUACCAUUUCAGAAACGAGAAAUGGACCUAUACAAUUAAUUUCUCCUAAAAAAAAGUGUGUUGAAGAAGGAACUGCAUUAGCAAAUGCCAACACAAUAACACCCUCAACUCAUUUAGAAUUAGUCAAUUCAUCAAAGGAACAAGAUGUUGAUGUUAGAUACUCUGUGGAAACUGCCAAGACUAAUGAUGAUCAAGUUUCUCUAAAUGAUGCUGCUGUUGGGAAAGUAACCUCAACUAUUGAGGAACAGUUUCCUAAGGAUGAUGAAUUUAGAGUUUCAAAAUCUAAGCCCUCUCCAAGCAAUAGCAUUCCUUUGCCUCUUGCAUUUCAGACUCCUUCCACGCCUUCUAAAGGGAACCCUUCUCAAAUAGUGAAAGAUUUAAGUUCUCCUUCUCUUGUCACAAGGGAGCUUGAGGAACUGGUAUCCAAGAAGCAUUUGGAUUACCAAAACUUGUCUUUGUUGACUGAUUUUCUUGUUAAGCAUCCUUCAUGUCUUUUAAGGGACACCUCACUUAGUAACCGAUACAAGGGUUAUGCAUAUCACUGCCUAGCUGAGCUAUUGAAAUUCCUCCAAACCCGCAGUGUGUUGGAUGUUUUAGGUUCAGGCCACUCUGUAUUUGUUGAGUUAAUACAAGAUGCGCGCAGAUUUGCUUUUGAUAAGAAUUGGUUGGAUGGUGUCGAAAAGCGCGCUUUGUUUCCCGAUUUGCAAUUCUCUCAAGAUGCAUUCCAAAAGUUAUUGGAUUCCAAGAAACAGGUUACCAAGGAUGUUGAAGAUAUGCGUUGGAAGAUUGACGUUUUAGCUAAACAAAUGGAUGUUUUUAACCAUCAAUUGACCUCAUCUGAAGCUGUUUUGGAGAGUAUCAUUCAACAGGAGACACAAAUUUUAGAAACUAAGGCUGCUUUAAGUGCCCCUCUUGGCUAUUAGACUAUUUUUCCUUGCAUUCUCUUACUGCUAUAUCUUUUAUUGUUAGUGUUUUUAUCCUUGAAGCUUGAAUAGUCUCUCAUAGCACGUUCUGUAUGCAGAGGAAAUAUUGAUUUAUAGCUUUUACCGAAUUGAGUGGAUCAACCAUGUUUGGUUAUGUGUGGCCUCUAAAGCUCAUAUAACCUUUCAUGAUAUUUGAUGUGUGGUGUGAAACUUGUUAGAAUUAUCCGUAGUGAACAUUUAAGAACUUGCUUACCUGUUUUCAUGAAAUUUGUAGCUUUCAAGAUAA